GCGUUUUCCACCAUAUAUAAAUUGUGACCUUUAAUUUGCCAGUCAGUAAAUACAGGCAGGAAACGUUGAAUUACUUGAUCGACUUCACUAUAUUACCGCAGUUUUUAUCAUCAUGCCUGGCAUAGAAGAAUGGCUUUCUAAUCCACUGUUGAUAGUUGAUCAGAAACUCGAUGAGAAUCAUGAGAUCUUUGAGAAAAAAGUGCGAGAAUAUUUUGAGGAAAAAGUUAAGAGAAAUGGCAUACAUAAAGUCCAGUCGUUGAAUGAUAAACCCUUGGAUGAAAUUAUACCCAACACACUGGUGCGAUUUCGUUGUAUGAUUCAAGAUAUGUUCGAGCCAGAGUAUUAUCUCGCUCGUUAUGAAACCGUUAAUACAUUGGAUGGGACAAAGGCCAUGCAUCUUGGUUACUAUCGUGAUGUCAUCUUACAAAAGCCUAAUCAUGAGGCAAACUUUAAUUCUCCUGAAAAUUUAACAAAAUCAAGGAAGUGUUUCUAUUGUGUUCCUAUUCCUGGUGAAACAACAUGGGCAAAAAGAGCAUAUGCAAAAUCUUCAUGCAAUGCUAAGAUGUAUUUUAAUGACUCAAAAUCUUCAGGGUCCAUGAAGAGAGACAUAGAUGAGAUGGAAGAGGAUUUUUUUCUACAUGGUGCAAUGAGCAGCAGUGAAAACAAGAAAUCGAAAACAGAAAGUACUAAUUCAGGGAAUAUUGACAAUCACCAGUUUGAACACAAUCAUCCAUUACCUAAUGAAAAAGGUCCUGUUUGUUUAGUCAAGGUGUAUGGCCAAUCAGAAAUGGUUCGACUCAAUGAUGUUGUGGAAUUCGUUGGCGUUUUGACUGUUGAUCCAGAACUCACAAGAUUUCCAAAUCAAAGUAGCUCAAGUGCUUCAACUUCAGACAUCAUUAAUCCUGUGAUGAACAUUGACGAUGACAAUCCUCACUUACUUCCAUCUUCCCUUGUUCCACGACUGCAUGCCAUCAUUGGUUAUAAACGACAGCAUUCAAAUCCUUGUCUACCAUUUGCUCUAUCAGACUUAGAACAACGAUUAUCCGAAGCUGCUCAAGUCAGAGAGAGAUUAUUGAAUACAUUCAAAGAUAUGUUAUGUGGAGAUCGUCUUGCUGCCGAGUACUUGCUAUUACAUCUUAUUUCCACAAUUUACUGUCGUGCUGAUGUGUUGGCUAUAGGAAAGUACACGUUGAACCUGUGGGGAUGCCCAGAAGAUACUGCUAGAGAAUUGUAUAAAUUUAUUGAACUAUUUCUUACCAAAUGUAGUAAAUUUCCUUUGAGCAUUGAGAAUUUGGACAACUCAAAGCUGGUACCGAAAAAAGACUACAAAAGCAACAGACUGAUGACUGGAAAGCUUCAACUUAGCAACAACACACAUCUAAUAAUCGAUGAAACAGUUUUAGAGGAGGGAAGACUAAACGAAAACGGUACAGCAAAUCUUAACGUCAUAAAUCACGUGAUAUUGUGGCAGAAACUUCCAUAUGAUUUUGUAUUUUACAAGACCGAUUUCCUCACUAACUUGAAUAUUUUGAUAUUAUCUGAAGGAAAGAGUCUACUAGAAGUAGAUUCGUCUAUUCGCUUGAACGUGGAAUACCCGUCUCCUCCUUUCGAGGAAUUUAUAACAACUUUAGACGAGAAUUUCAUUACUUGCGUACGAAAAUUCAUUGGCUUAGCACAGCUCAUUAACCACGAAAUCACUGAAGACGUGCAAAAGUAUCUUCAAAACGACUUCGUUGAAAUGAGACAAAGACGUCCACAAGAAAUGACCAGUGAAAGAUUUCACUCUCUUCUUACUUUGGCAAGACUAGUGGCAAUAAGUUGUGGAAGAAAGAACAUUACAGUAGAAGAUUGGUCGAGAACGAAGCAUUUGGAAGAAUUAAGGAUUAAAAGUAUUAGCUAAAAACAUAAAAAAACGAAACUUCUUUCUUACUUACUUUAGCCAAAUAAUAGAGAACGAUAUAGUUUGUUUUAUAGUUUGAGCAAUGGACGUUGUCUAGCAAGAGUAACGUCAUUGUCUUACGUUUCUUUUUUUUUAAACCUUUCUUAUUCUCAUAACGAAUGUUAAAUACAUGAAUGUGAUGCUCA